AUGAACUUGCUUGCAUUGGAAAAUCCUAUUCUGCAGCAUGUUGGUCAGAUAAAUGUUGCAAGUGUCAAAAUGCACUCGGUCGGUUCAGAAUUAAUAGAACGUUUGUUACAAGUAUUCGAUGCAAACAAAAAUGAUGGCGGCAUGCCGACAUUCAGCUUUCCGCAACUGGGUGGGACGAUUACAUUGGUUGGACACCCAUGGAACUGUAUACAACACGUAAAGUUUUAUUCUGAAGGCGGUCAUGGGAGAUUAUACAAGCGUUAUAUGGGGCAUGAAGUCACGAUUGUUGAUGGUGGUUGGACGGCUGACGAUGGGAACGGAGAUAAUGAAGCAACUGGAAUUGGGAUAGACACAGAGCAUGUCAGACAGCCGAUAAAUGAAUGGAUUAAUGAAGAUAGACCUCAAAACGCGUAA